GAGGAAUUUUGGCGGGAGUGCUAAUCGAAAGACUCACAAGGAAGCUUCCGAAUAUUACUUCAUUACAGUUAAAGAAUUUGCCGUCGAUUGCAAACAUUUGUAAAGAUCUCUGAAGAUGUUAAGCGAAGGGGCAAUCCAGGUACGGCUGCAUAUAUGGUCUUUCUUUCGAUUCCUACGCACGCAUGUGUUUUUAAAUCUCGACUUUGUUCGCCUUUUCGCGCGAAAAAUAUAUUUCUAUAUCGUAUGUUUUAUUGCAGGAAAUUAUAAGCAAACCGAUGGAAGAGCAUCCACAUCAGCCAAUUUUGCAAAUUCUGGUAGGAAUUUUCAAAAUUGAGCUUUUAAUUUAACUUUUCUAAAUGCACGAAGUACAUAUACACGUAAUAUAUUUCAAAUAAACAGUGACCAAUCUACUAGCCAACCAUUAUUGACCACGAAGGUUUCCUCGUUUCUUGCUUUCAGGCUUAAUUAUUUAUUUUACAAUAUCCAGUUACAUAUUAUUAUACUGUGGUUCUGAAAGGUUUCUGGGGCUUUUCUCACAGGCUCAGUGGACUGAGCCGGACUGUUUCUACCAUGGCUUUUCAUUACUAGCUCUUUUUUCUCUGUAAAGCAAUCCUAACCAUCAAGUUUUUAACAGCUAGAUUCUUGCCAACGAGGAGAUGACUUCUCCUAUUGGAACGGGUCGCUGAUCCCUAGACAUAAAAUUUCCAUGAAGUGCACAUCCAUAGUGAUGGACAACCUUCUCAAAUGAGAUGAAGAUUUGGAGAGGGUAUUAGGACAUUUAAUCCAGCCUGUUUACGUACUGCACUUUUCACCAACCAUAUUGGAAUUUUUUUAUCUAUUUUGGAUUUACUUGUUGUUCAAUUUGGAAGAAUUGUUUCAGAAGCUUAAGAAAGAGAAGAUGUAGUAUUUUAAUUACAAAUGCUGUUCUGUAAAAUUUUGUGGGAAAUUUCCAAAGUAAACCUUCUUGUCAUUGAUACUCUGGUAAAAUUUAAAAAUUGUGAAAUCAAAACUUUUUGCACAGGGAAUAAAACAAAUUCAGUCAAAAGGAAGUGAUGGUAAAGGCAAUGACCGGUACAGGUAUGCACUUUUUUAUGAUUAUUUUUAUACACACAAUGCAAGUGUAUUUUACUGCAUGAAUUAAAAGCUCUAGCUGACAUGGAUUCUAAGUACAUUAUUUACAGACUGUUACUAAACUUCUGUCUUUGGUGGUGUAAGUCUUAAGAUAGAUAUUGAUAGUAACUCUUUUAAUGUGUUAUUCUUCAUCUUCACAAUAAUUCAACUCUCAUGUUAAGUGUAUAAACAAAUUGAUGUCCACUUCAUGGACCAUUAUACUAUUUUAUCGUUCUGUGAGAGAGGAAUAGUUUGUAUGCUUUGCCAAAGACAUUCAUCAAUUUUUUUUUGAGGUUAUUAUUAGUUUGGGCUUUCUUUAUAAAUUUUCUUUCAUCCAAAAUAGAACUGAUAUAUGAAACAGAAACUUCAGCUAUAGAGAGAUGGGGAAACAGGAGAUGGCUUGUUUACAUUUAUGGAAUGAUAUUAACAAUUGAAUUCAAACUUGUUUACUGAUUUUUAAUAUAAGAGCUGAUUUCUGUAUCAUAGGCUUGUGCUAUCUGAUGGCAUUCAUGUCCUUACAUGUGAGUAUCAUAUUAUAUCAAUAAAUCAUCAUCAUCAUGCCCUUUACGCCUAACAGGCAUGUAGGGCAGCGACGUGUUCCCUCCACAUCUGGCGAUCCCUUGCCAUGAACUUGAUGCCCUCCCAGGUCUUCCCCAUCUCCUUUAUUUCCUUCUCAACUGUCCGUCGCCAUAUGAUCUUGGGGCGACCCCGCUUGCGUUUCCCUUCUGGCGUCCAAUGCAUAGCAGUUUUUGCAAUGGAAGCUUCUUGGCGGGUGACAUAGCCAAUCCACCUCCAGCGUCUCCUCAUCAGAAUGGUAGCCAUUGAUUCGGUUCCACACCGUUCAAAAAGAUCUUUGUUGGAAAUGACAUUAGGCCAAAAGAUGCGUAAAAUACGCCGAAGGCUUUUGGUGUGAAAAGUGGAGAGUUUUGAUAGAUCCUUCUCCGUUAAGCGCCAUUCUCCGUUAAGCGCCAACAUUCUGAGCCAUACAGGAGGGUUGUAAUGGUGCUGAUCAAUAAAUACUGUAGUACUAUACCCAUUUAAAUCAAAAUGAAGUUUUGCCUGUGCUUUAUAGUGUAUCUGUAAAACGGAUGUGAAACAUCUGUAUGACUGAAAUUAAUCUUGACUACCACUUAGGAAGAAAACAGAAAAGAACUCCAUUGAUUUUUGCUAUGGUGUAAAGCAUGGUUAACAACAGUUUUUUUUAUCAGAAACCCUAAGGUUAAUUAACACUCCUGCUUACCGCAGGGUAGAUAAGGGAAAUAUGUCAGUGAAGUGGCUGACUUACUGAUGCCAUCCUUUAAGUUUUGAGAAGCAUUAUAUAACUGCAUCUCUAUAUAUAACAAUGUCUAAUAUAGCAGUAUGUUGUUUUUAAAGCUGCUAUGCUGGCCACUCAACUAAAUGAGAUGGUGACUUCAGAACAAUUAGAAGUGAAAGCUGUUAUUCAGCUGAACAAGUACAUCUGUAAUGUUAUUCAAGAAACCAGGUAAAUAGAAAUUUGUUGAACAUAUUAUAUUACUUUGUAAACCUUCCUUUUGGCCUCACAUUAGCCUAUGCUUGACAGCAGAGUUAAUACACCUAGCUUUAGGUUAGUGUUGCUUCAGCUUUAGUGGAAGAUUUUUUAAAAGUGAAAGGAGACAAAACCACACUUGAACCAAUACAACAGAGCUUUGAAAUUAAUAUCAAAUAAAAAGGGAUUCUUGGGAAGACAUUUUAUUCACUUUAAGGUUAUUUUCAGGAAAGUGUUGAUUCUGAUGGAUGUGACUGUUAUUAAACCUGGAAGGGAAGUUCCUGGAAAGAUUGGAGAUCCCAAAAACUUAAAUGCAGAUCCUGGCAUUGAUCGCCAAAAUCCUCCACAAAAGAAUGGAAAUGGUGCUCCACAGAGUAUUCCAGGUAGAGUAACAAUACUGUCUUGUCUAACUUACAAAUUUUAGUAGUAUUCUAGCUUGCUGAAACUUAUGUAUUCAUUGUAGUUGAUGUUCAUGUGAUUAGCAAUGAUGUCAUUUCAAAAGGAAAAAAUGUACUUUUUCACUAAGGUGGUGUGAAAGCUGUAAUGACAAAUGGUAAACUAGCAGGUGGAACAUCCAGGGGUGCGGAACUGGCCUCUUCUACAUAUGGAAGGUAAUAUUAUAUGCCACAUAUGAUAAAAUGGAAAUGUUUAGUGCGGUCAAAGGGAAUUAACUAAAAGAACAUUUCUGGAGGAAUUAUGGUGCUUGAAGUCACAUGUUCAAGAGACCAAAUGAAGUAUUAAGUCUAGGAAGAGGCAAAUGUGUUUAUAUGCCAUAGUUUUAAUAUUUACUUUUUUUUUCAGUCACAAGCCACUUGCUUCAAGAGGCAAUAACAUCAGAUCUGUUUUUCCAAUAACAUCAUUGACACCAUAUCAGAACAGGUAGUACAAGAUUUUAAAAGACUCUUUUCUUCACCCACAGAAAUAUUUGGGUCAAACAAGACAUAUGCUGCCCAUUUUAAGAUGGCCUGAGCAUGUUUCAUGAUAGACGAUUAAAUUCUAGGGUCUUUCUUCUUUCCAACCUUUUUUCAAAAUAAAAUCAACUAAAAGCCACUGAUUCUGACCUGGACUGAGAUACAAUUUUGGUGAAAAUGUGUUACGGACAAAUUCAGGGGUUUUUUGAUCACUUUAUAAUGAAAAUGUUUUGGUUGCAGCUAAUUAAAACGAAGACCCCCAAAAGCUAAAACCUAAGGCCCAGAAAUGAGGACCUGAAAAUGAAUUAUUCAUUAUGAUCUUUUUAUUGUUUCUUGCUGGAAAUAUCAUAGUUUGGUUUUAAUCUGUCUAAUAGGGAUAAAGUAUAUGAUCAAACACCAGUUUUAAAUGAAAAGGCCCCAAAACAAAAACCCUAAAAUAAAGACCCUGGAUACAAAGACUUGAAAAUGAAGACCCAAACAGCUAAGACCCAAAAAUGAAGGCCCCCUUAUUUUCUUUAUUAUAGUGGUAAGACCUAAGAAAAAUCUAUCCAAAGCUUCCUCGGCUGAUGUGAAUUUUCACAUGGAGUUUAUUGCAUUCAAACUGCAGAAUAUCUCUGCAGUGGCCACCACUUGCUUUCUACCCAGAGGGUUUAGAAGCUUUGGCAACUGGAAUGGGCAGACAUUGUGCAAGAAGUUUUGCCAAAACCAAAUAAACACUGGAAAAAUUGAUUAAUUGGGCUAUAUGUUGUGCUAGACCAGCUUGUAUGAAUGAAGUGCAAUGCUGUAACACUGCCAGCCAGAUCGAAAGUUCACAUCAGCAAGCUCUGAUCUUUUUCCAUUAUAAGGAGGGUGGGAAAAGUUUGAAGGGCACUAUUUUUUUAAAAAAUUAAUUAAGAAAGUAACAAAUAGGAAAAGAAAAGAAAAUCAAGGGAUGUCUGGGUUAAAUGUAAUUGUUGGCAAUUUCACUUUCAUUUUGGUGAUUAAUGAUUACUUUGCAAACAAAGAGGUGGUUAAACUUUUCACUGGUUUUCUCUGGUGAAGCCGUAAAGUGUGACACGAACUUCCUGUCUCAAAAUCCUGAAGGGGUCUUCAUUUUUGGGUCUUUGUCUUUGGGUCUUGGGUCCUAGGUCGUAGGUCGUAGGUUGUAGCUCUUAGCUCUUAGCUCUUAGCUCUUAGCUCUUAGCUCUUAGCUCUUAGCUCUUAGCUCUUAGCUCUUAGCUCUUAGCUCUUAGCUCUUAGCUCUUAGCUCUUAGCUCUUAGCUCUUAGCUCUUAGCUCUUAGCUCUUAGCUCUUAGCUCUUAGCUCUUAGCUCUUAGCUCUUAGCUUAUUGGAGUCUUCAUUUUCCAUGCAACCAAAAUGCUUUUGAUCUUUUUUGUUAGCGUAAGUGCUCAAGGUCUCUCCUUUGUUUCUAUAUUCAUAAACUUAACAGAUGGACAAUUCGAGUACGUGUUACAAGCAAGCCAAAGGUCCGCACUUACAACAACUCCAGAGGAGAGGGCCGUGUCUUUAAUGUCGACCUUGUGGAUGAGUCGGUUUGUUAAAUAUGAACUAUUAUUUCAUGACUUGUUUUCCCUUUUAUCUUUAAGAUUCCUAAAGAGGUAUUUAUAGGAACUCAUCAUUUUUACCUUACCUGAUUUGUGUGCAUUUUUCAGGACAACUGUGGAUUAAAAGUUAAAUGAUGUGAUAUUUUUUGAAAUGGUAAUUAAAAACAGGGUAGUUUCAGAGAAGGAUUUGUGUGACCACUCAUUGAUGACACUAUCGUAACUACGAUUUUUUGGAAGCAUAGAAGUCUGGCAUUGUAAGGGACAGUUAUCUUCAGACUAACACACUUUUUUCAAUAUUCUUCAGGGAGAGAUCAGAGCCACUGGAUUCAAUGAAGCUGUUGACAAGUUUUAUGACUUGCUUGAACUUGACAAGGUAUGUAAACCUUGCUUUUACUUGCACAUUUGUCUCUAUUUAAUUAUUUAUAGUGGGCUAAGUUCAAAGCCUAUCUGCAACACUGUCAGUGGGGGCUGACCCUGGUUUCUUAGCUUAUAACUACUUUUUAGUUCAGCUCUAGUUUUAUGACACAAGUUUGUUGGAUUUGCUAACCUCUCGUUGUCAUAGGUUGAGAAGACCUGUGUUUAUGGAUGUUCUUAUUUUCUAAAUUUUUUCAUAAUACAGGUGUUUUAUAUCUCCAAAUGCUCUCUGAGAACUGCAAACAAGAAAUUCACAACCAUCAAGAAUGACUAUGAACUCUUUCUGAACAAUGAUAGUUUGAUAGAGCCAGUAAGUACAGAUAUCAUUGCAACCAUAGACUCUCCAUUCAGCAUGUUAUUGUAGAAAAAUGUGAUGAAAAUUAUUUUACCUGACUGAAUCAGUGGAUAGUUUCAAAACCAUCUUAGAAAUCGAUAGAAUAUACUCAGAUUGUAUUAACAUGACAGUUUGACACUGUUAAAUACUAGGCAUACAGCAACUGAGACAUAUUUCCACCAUUUUGCAUUUUUAUACUCUUGUUUAUUUCAUAACUUGCUGAUUUAGUGUGAUGAUACUUGUGACCUACCAACCAUGCAGUACAAUUUUGUUGACAUUGGUGACUUGGGAAAUUUUAAUGCAGAUGCACUUGUUGGUGAGUCAUAAUCUUUUACAUAUCUAUUAAUUUGUAACCCUUGAGGGCUGAAAUUAUUGCUUAGGGUUAGCAUGACAGUUAUAACAUGAUAACCACCUCUCAGGAACAUAAUUCCUUGUAUCUCCCAAUGGAAUCAUCACCCUCUGUCCACACUAUUUGGUGGUGAAAGAUGACUUUUUAAUCAUACCCAGAAGAGAGAGCAGACAAAAGGAGUAAGUGUUCAGCUUUAGCUGUUGAUAACAAAGCUUUAAGUACCUUGUUCUCAUUUCAUAUGAGAUCUAAAUGUAAUAAAAAACUGGUCCUCUACUAAUUUUAAUAACAAUUUGCAUAGAUAUUUUAGGUAUCGUGAUCAAUGCUGAUGAUGUCACACAAAUAACAACUAAAACAACUAACAGACAGGUUGGUUUUAGUUCCAUUUUUUUUUUUAAUUUUGGAACCUAAGAAUUUACUUUAGCUCUCUAAUUCUAUUUAAAAUAUUUUUAGGUUUCUAAGAGGGACAUUACUCUAUUGGACAGAUCAGAGAAGAGUGUGAGAGCAACUCUUUGGGGAGAAGAGGUAAUGACCCUGAGAUAUGAAUUUUCUAUGCUCCCUAUUUAAUCCAGGGAUGAACACAAUUUAAUGGAAUAAUAAGUCAAUAAUUACUCUUUAUGUUGUUAGAAACCUAAGUUAAGCAUGGUUUAACUGCUGAUUAUCAUCAUUAAGAUGUUAAAGGGCAAAGUAACUGUUAGUAGUAUAUUGGGACAGCCAUUUCUUAAACAUAAGGGAACUUUGAGAGUGGUGAGAGAGCACAGAAGCAGAAGAGUUAUGUAUCUUGUGUGUGUUACAUUAAAUCUUUUGCCUUGGAGCUUUUGUGGUGUACCUGUGUGGUGUACAACACUAUGUUAACCUUGCUUUGAUGUAUUCAGCAUGUGUUCUAUUUGUUAAGAUUCUUUGAUCCAACAAAAUAAUUCAUUUACCUUAUGAACUUUAAAUUCAAACCAACUUUUGGUAUCAGGACAAAAAUUUUUCUCAAAAUUAAUCUCUCUGCUAUUGGUUAACAGGCUGAGACGUUUGAUGAGUUUGUUGGAAAGUUUCCUGUUCUUGCCCUAAAAGGGGCAAAAGUCUCAGAUUUUGGAGGUAUGUAGAAAUUGAUGUUGAAUAAGUCAAGUCUAGGAGUUACCCUUUAUUUGGAGGAAGUUUUAAUCAUGAGCAUAGCCCCCCCCCCCCCCCCCCCCAUGCCUGCAACUAAUUGUAUUUAUUGUUCAGUGACAUUCCUUGAAAUCACUUUGUCAUAUUAACUUUUUCCAGGACGCUCCUUGUCAAUCUUGGGUUCAACAAAUAUGAGGAUAAACCCUAUGGACCUACAAGAGGCUCAUAGCUUGCGUGGAUGGUAACUUUUCAAGUUGUGUCAAUAUUUUGAAAACUUGUGCGGGUUUAAUUUUAACUAAUAUAUCUUUAUUUUGAUUUUUUACAGGUAUGAUAAUGUUGGUAAAGAUUCAAAUGUAGAGUCUCUCUCUGGGCUCAGAUCUGAUGGAGGAGGUUUGGGUUGCUGUUCUUUUUUUUUCUUGUAUUAUUUCAUUUAACUCUGAAAUUAUAUUGAGUCUUGAAAUGAUGAAGGAAACAGUAAGUUUGCUACAAAUAUUAAAGUUAGACUGCUACAGAAGGUUUAGCCAGUGAGUUCACCUACAGGAGAUCUUCUGUCGCAGGUUUAAAAUAUUGCAGGUAAUUUAGUGUUAACAACUGGGUUGAAAACAUAAAUUAGCCAUUGUAAAGGUUAAAAAAGCUGACGUUUCAAGCGUUAGCCCUUCGUCAGAGCGAUUAGAGGAAUUGUGGGUUGUGUGUGGAUUUAUAUGUAGAAAGUGGAGCUACGCCAUUGGUGGGAAUAUGGUGACAAGAUGGUAAACAGGUAUACUCUCACUAGAAACUUGGGGGUUCCCCUCAGGGAGGUGUGAUAUUACAACUAAAGUAGUUCUUUCACUUGUACUAUUAGGCUUUGCAUGAACACAAAUCAAAUAAUUGUGAAAUUAAAUUAAUGUCCUCCAAAACAAAAAUUAGAAAAGAAAACUAAAAACAAAAAUUUUUUUGUUGAUGUUUUCUUCCAUCAGGUUGUGGUUACAAAACCUUCUUUCAGAUGGAUCAUGAAAACCUUGGUAUGGGGGACAAGGUAACAAAGUACUUAGAGUGUUUGCUUCAUAUUUUAUUUGCAUGAUGAUGAAUUCAUAUUUGAAGGCUCAUAAAUAGUAAAUUUUGAUGAUGAAUGAGACUAUGGGUAACAUUUGAUCAUGCAUUGUGACUGAGGUAGCAUUGCAUAGAAAAUCACUGUUUUUGGUAGCAACCUCUGACAUUCCAACAACCUGACUGAACAUUACAUGUAGCAUCAUAGGGUGAUCAUAGUCAUUGAUAAUCUGAUCAGUUACUGCUCUGGCAAACUGUUGUUUCUAGUACUACUCUUACCUGGCCAAUCUCAUUUCAUGGUUAUUUCAUUCUUUGAUUAUGUUUGAUUUCUGCAGGCUGACUAUUUCACAUCAAAGGCCACUGUUUUGUACAUGAAGAAAGACAACUGUUUGUACAAGGUAAGAAAAAUAAUUACAAUUUGCUAUGUUUGUUUAAUUUCAUCUCUAAGCAAAGAACAAUUUUUCUUUAAGAACUUUCUUGAAGAAGGAAAAUUGAUACUUUGCUGAUUUUAAAAGUGUAAUUUCUAUCAUUGACAUGGUACUUUUGCAAGUUAUUUUAAAUCAUGUAGACCUGAGCAAUCCAAAUAAAUGAUUCCUCCUUUCAUUUCCUUGUGCCAGUAUAAACACCUUUCUUAUAUCCUUUGUGAAAGUAGAUGACAUCUUCUGUGAAAGUUUCUGUCUUUCCUCUUUAGGCAUGCCCUACUGCAGAAUGUAACAAGAAGGUUAUUGAUGAGGGAGAUGAUAAUUAUCGCUGUGAGAAGUGUAACAAGACCUACCCUAACUUCAAGUAUCGCUUGAUGUUAUUAGUGAGUUUUAUUUUAAGACUUUACUGAUGAUGCUUUCCUAUAAUCAUUGAGUUUUCUUGAUGUCAUGUUUUCAUCCCCACUCAGACAAACUUGGCUGAUUUCACUGGUAACCAUUGGGUUACCUGUUUCCAGGAAACAGCUGAGUUGCUUCUGAAAAUAACUGCAAAUGAACUGGGUCAGAUGCGAGACUCGGUGAGUAAGACAAGGUGUUUUGUUUUGUUUUGUUUUUUUCAAACACUAUUUUAAGACCACCAAAGGAUUGAUUGAAAGCAGAUUGCUCCAUUGUAUUCUUAAAGUGGUCCUUAUUUCAAUUUGAAUUUGCUAUAGAUGUCCUAGUUUUAGAUCUUUUGAACAAUGCCAUCUUGUGUAGAAAGACCUUUGUACAAUACUGUAUCUUAAAUGUAACAAGUUAUUAUUAUUAUUUUUUUUUGUUCUUUGAAGGGGGAUGAGCGUUCCUUUGAUCAAAUUUUCCAAGAGGCAAACUUCAAGACAUACAUUUUCAAGAUUCGAGCAAAGAUGGAGACAUACAAUGUAAGGGUGUUCCUUAAAAAUUUAGGCACAACUAGAACAUAUUGCAUUGCUGUGUUUGUUAUUGCUUUUCACUUAAAUGUAUUUGCUACCUAUAUUUCAAGUAUAAGUUCUUGGUGGCUUUUUGGUGAUUUUUAGAAAUACAUCCUCCUCUGUGCAAGAGUCCAUGCCAAAUCCUCAAAGGGGAGAGGCAGUAGAAAGAAUAAAAUUUUAUGGUUCACUUUUCAUCAAUUUGGAAAGAGAUCCUUUAAAUUCAAACACUUGAUAUAAUUAACACAUUUUUAUCAGUACUUAGGCAAUUCGUUUUAUUUUUUUGUUUUUGUUUUUUUUGAGGUUUCAUGAUUCAAUCACAGCAAGGUGACCUUGUCCUAAUUUUUUACAGGAUGAAACCCGGGUGAAAUGUACAGCUGCAGGAGUGUCUCCAUUGGAUAUCAUGCAAGAAGGCAAACGAAUGAUAGCUGAGAUCCAGAAGCUAAGAAUGUUGUGAGAGUACCCAACAUUUGUAGAAGUUCUGGUAACCCUUUGUGAGUUGAUAUUGGCUCAUUGUGAAAUGCUAUGUAAAAUAUAUAGAAUCUAAAACCAGGAGUCAGACUUGAAAACUGAGGUUAUGCUAUUCUUAUUCAAGGGAGUAGGUUAUUGUAAAUGUUGUGUUGGUGUGAAAAUCCUAAGUGCUUGAAACAUGUUCUCACUCCCUCUUGUAUUCCAUUCAGGGAAAAAAAUUAUGUAACUUAGAGGAAAAGGGGAUAUCUUUCUUCAAGACUUAUUUUUGUUUUUUAAUUUUUUCUGUAUUUGUAAUCCCUAUGUGUAGUUGUUCAGAUGGUAAUUAUAGAAAUUGUUGUAUUAAUUGUCUGGUUCAUUAUAAUUAUAAUAAAUGAAGCUCAUUGGUUUUGAUUUCAUUACUGC